AUAAAUAUAUCCUUUGCCCCGUGCACGUUAGACUUUGUUCGACCCUUCCCACGCUUCGGUCAUCGGGAUCGGCUCCGCGGCGGUCUCACCGCUCUCCGUUCUGCUAACUUGCGCCUGGAACUUGAAAAUCAUUAACCUGUUCGAUGGGAUCAAUAGCGGAGCCUCUCCACGUGGAUCCAUUUGCAGAGCAGAAUAGAGAAGAAGAUGCAGGAGCAGUUUUCGUGCUGGAGUCAAAAGGAACUUGGUGGCACGCCGGCUUCCACCUGACGACGGCGAUCGUCGGCCCUACGAUACUGACGCUACCGUACGCUUUCAGAGGACUAGGGUGGGGCCUAGGGUUCCUCUGCUUAACGACGAUGGGUCUGGUCACGUUCUACUCUUACUAUCUCAUGUCCAAAGUUCUCGACCACUGCGAAAAGGCCGGUCGGCGCCACAUCAGAUUCCGGGAGCUCGCCGCCGACGUUUUAGGGUCUGGAUGGAUGUUUUAUUUUGUAAUAGUCAUCCAAGCCGCCAUCAACACAGGAGUGGGAAUAGGAGCUAUUUUGCUUGGAGGAGAAUGCCUUCAGAUCAUGUAUUCGGACCUUUUUCCCAAUGGAUCCUUGAAAUUGUAUGAGUUCAUAGCUAUGGUGACGGCAGUAAUGAUCAUCCUCUCUCAGCUUCCAACCUUCCACUCCCUCAGGCACAUCAACCUUGUUUCGCUUUUUCUCAGCUUAGGCUAUACUUUCCUUGUGGUUGGUGCUUGCAUUCAUGCAGGUACCUCGAAACAUCCUCCUCCAAGAGACUAUUCCUUAGAGACUUCAGAGUCAGCAAGGGUUUUCAGUGCCUUCACUUCCAUCUCCAUUAUAGCUGCCAUUUUUGGGAAUGGGAUUCUACCUGAGAUACAGGCAACUCUUGCUCCACCUGCUACUGGGAAGAUGGUGAAAGGCCUUUUGAUGUGCUACGCUGUAAUCUUCGUUACUUUCUACUCAGCUUCAGUGGCAGGAUACUGGGCAUUCGGAAAUAAAUCAAGUUCUAACAUUCUCAAGAGCCUAAUGCCUGAUGAGGGACCUUCUUUAGCUCCAACAUGGGUUCUAGGCCUGGCAGUUAUCUUUGUUCUGCUUCAGCUAUUGGCCAUUGGGCUGGUCUAUUCUCAAGUGGCUUAUGAGAUCAUGGAAAAGAAAUCGGCAGAUGUGAAUCAAGGGCUGUUCUCUAAAAGAAACCUCAUCCCUAGGAUAAUUCUUCGAACACUUUACAUGAUUUUCUGUGGAUUUAUGGCAGCAAUGCUACCAUUUUUCGGAGACAUCAAUGGCGUUGUUGGAGCAAUUGGCUUCAUCCCUUUAGAUUUCAUCCUCCCAAUGCUUCUCUACAACAUGACUUACAAGCCCCCAAGAUCGUCCUUGAUGUAUUGGAUAAACAUCUCCAUCAUCAUUGUGUUCACGGGUGCAGGAAUCAUGGGCGCAUUCUCUUCCAUAAGGAAGUUGAUUCUUGAUGCCUACAAGUUUAAGCUCUUUAGCAGCGAUGUAGUUGAUUGACCUUGUGUGCGUACUAAUCGUGUGGUUUGAGUCUCAAAUAUGCAGGGCAAUUAGUCAACCGGUACCACAGUAUACAAGUUCAUGGAGUGGAGCAUUAACUGCAAAUGACUACUCUGAAAGAUAUGUAUUCCAGACUUUUUUUUUUUUUUUUUUGGCUUGAUCCUUGCUUUGUGUAGUUUAUAUGGAAGGGAAGACAAUGAAAAACAUGGGGCUCAGCCAUUAACCUUUUGUACUCUACAUGAUUUCCAAAGUUAUAUAUGAUGAUGAUUCAAAAUUACCUCU